UAUAUUUGUUCUGAAAUCUCCAAUCGCUCGUUUUUCGAUCACACAAAAAGCAAAUGCAAAGCUAUGGCGCCGCCUCCUGGACCUUACUCCGGCACCAGCACUCUCGCUCUCGUAGCUCGUGCAUCCGCUUUCUCUUUUGGACUUGUUUAUGGGAGCUUUAAGCUCAAAUACCUCAAGAUGAAGGCGAAGUCUCAAAGGAAAGCUGAAGCAAAGGCACACCAUUGAAGCAGGGUCGAGUUUUGUUCAUAUCUCUUUUUAGGAAUAAUGCGGUAGCUACGGGAUUGCCACAAUGUCUCAUUCCGGUCUGCAGCUUUUAAUGGACCGUAUCGAACCGGCAUUUUUUUUUGGGAUAGUUAUCGACUUGG